AUGCGCUUCAUUCUAUUGCUCCUUGCGCUGGUUACGGUAGCGGCUGGCUGUCUGCAUGGGAUGUGCAACACAGCUGAACCGUGGCGGCUUGCUGACGAUUCGAAAACGAUCCUGUUGCCGGGUUGCCGUUCGUCGGGUGAUUGUGGUCCCGGUGAAAGCUGCCGCUUCUUCAAAGGCCGUGGCCGAUGCUCUGCUGCUCGGAAACUUGACUGCAAUAAA